CUUGCCAGUACCCGUCAGGAAAAGCAAGUUGUCAAUGGAGACAGCCCGGCGGAUUUUAUUUUUCGAGCGUAUGAUAGACUAUGGAGCCUUGGUCCGUAUAGGGACAUCACACUUGGAAAACCACCCAAAUCAAAAUCUAAGGAUCAACGAGACAGUGUACCUGAAAUAGCUGCUCCACUUGAAUUAGUAGCGGCUCGAGGAUUUGGAAAGUCUGGCGGUCUCGCCGUUCUCAAACGGGAGAUAGACCCAUAUACGAUUGAUUCUCUCAAGAUGGACGAUGUGUAUGGAGUGUGGUCCAUCCGCGUCGUAGAUCCCAAAUCCAAAGAUACUGGGCUAUCCCGGAGCUAUGACAAAUACCUACUUCUCGCAAAGACUAAAGAUGAUGACAAGGAAGAGUCGGUCGUAUACUCAGUUGGAAGCAGCGGCCUGGACUCAAUAGAUGCUCCAGAGUUUAAUCCUAAUGAAGAUUGCACAAUCGACAUAGGGACACUCGCUGCCGGCACAAGAGUUGUUCAGGUCUUACGGACAGAAAUCCGGAGUUAUGACUACAGUGAGUCCAUACGCAUAAAUAUGUACUUUUGUUCCUAAAAAAAGACCAAUACCUGAUACAAAAUAGAUCUUGGAUUAGCCCAGAUAUACCCUGUCUGGGAUGAGGAUACAAGCGAAGAGCGUACUGUUAUUCAGGCAAGCUUUGCCGAACCCUACCUGUUGACUAUUCGUGACGACCACUCUCUCCUGAUCUUACAGACGGAUAAGAACGGGGAUCUGGAUGAGGUUGAAGUACAAGGCUCGGCAGCCUCCGGAAAGUGGAUUUCUGGCUGUUUGUACGAAGAUAAAAUGAAUAUAUUCUUCUCUGACUCUGACAUUGAAAAUGAGACGGGCCCUAAUAUACUGUUGUUUCUACUAGAUGGUGAUGGGAACCUUUCCGUAAGUCUCUCCUCCCUGAACAACAGCAGUAAGUAUUACAAGCUAAUUAGUGAUCGUAGAUUUUCCGGCUCCCGAACACUUCGGAGCCAUCAUGCCGUGUGGAUAACUUAAAUCUUUUGCCAUCAAAUUUACCAUAUGAAUCCUCUUCUAGACGACCAGUGAAUCGAGUGACAUUAGCCGAACUCUUAAUUGCCGACCUUGGAGACUCUAUUCACAAAUCUCCCUAUAUGAUCGUAUGUCCCAACUAGUCCAGCCAUUCUUGUUGCAAGUUUCUGUCUAAAACCCUCUUAGUUACGUACAAAACACGACGAUCUAGUUUUAUAUGAACCAUACCGCGUCGCUGGUGAAUGCGGACAGUCCGGAUUGCGAUUCCUUAAAGCAGUGAACCAUGUUGUUAUGGGCCCUCUAACCGACCCGGGUGUAAACCAGGAUAUUAACCGUUGUCCUUCAUCAUGCAAACGUCUUCGUGCACUACCCGACGUUUGUGGGUAUAAAACAGUGUUUAUGUCCGGGCAUAAUCCAUGCUUCAUCCUAAAAUCAGCCAUCGCACGGCCACAUGUUUUACGACUGCGUGGUAAAGCUGUUCAAAGUUUGAGCGGAUUCCACAUUGCCGCCUGUGAACGUGGAUUUGCAUAUGUUGAUGAAGAUAAUGUCAUUCGAAUGUCGAGGUUGCCUUCGAACACACGGUUCGAUAGUGGUUGGGCAACGCGCAAGAUCGCUUUUGGGGAACAAGUCGAUAGUAUCGUUUAUUCGUCAGCAUCUGAGUGUUAUGUGAUUGGCACCAGCGCAAAGGAGGACUUCAAACUUCCCGAAGACGACGAGUCGCAUACUGAAUGGAGAAACGAGUGUAUGGAACUCCGUUUACUUUGUUGCCGAUCGCGGCUACUGACGAUUCGUUAUAGUUAUUACAUUCCUUCCGCAGCUGGAGAGAGGGACUGUUAAGCUUCUGGAACCCAGAAACUGGUCUACCAUUGAUAGGUAAGUUGCUCAACCGCAAACUUACCCGUAUGCAUCUUCUUCCAUACUCACCUGCUCCCUGAAUAGCCAUGAACUCGAACCCGCAGAGCGCAUUAUGUGUAUCGAAGUAAUUCGCCUUGAGAUUUCGGAAUUAACUCAUGAGAGGAAAGACAUGGUUGUAGUAGGCUCGUCCAUUGUCAAGGGAGAAGACAUUGUCCCCAAAGGAUUCAUCCGUGUCUUCGAGGUCAUUGAUGUUGUUCCAGAACCUGAUCAACCCGAAAAGAGCAAGAAGUUGAAACUAUUUGCCAAAGAAGAAGUGAAGGGUGCUGUCACGGCCUUGUCAGGCAUAGGCGGACAGGGAUUUUUGAUAGUUGCACAGGGCCAAAAGUGCAUGGUGCGCGGACUCAAGGAGGAUGGAAGCCUUUUGCCCGUAGCCUUUAAGGAUACCCAAUGCUAUGUCAACGUUCUCAAAGAGCUUAAAGGAACAGGAAUGUGUAUUAUCGGUGACGCAUUCAAGGGACUGUGGUUUACUGGGUACUCGGAGGAGCCGUAUAAACUGGAUCUUUUCGGCAAAGAGAAUGAAAAUUUGGCUGUCGUGGAUGCAGACUUCCUUCCAGACGGGAAUAAAUUAUACAUCUUAGUUGCAGACGAUGACUGCAAUCUCCAUGUUCUGCAGUACGACCCUGAAGACCCAAGCUCUUCGAAGGGUGACCGCCUGCUACGUCGAAGCGUAUUCCACACAGGCCAUUUUGCAUCAACCGUGACUCUGUUACCACAUGGGGCCCACACAACCUCUUCGCCUGUCGAUGAGGAUGCCAUGGACACAGAUUCACCGCCGCCAUCAAAAUACCAAAUACUCAUGACCUUCCAAACAGGGUCGAUUGCAGUAAUCACUCCUCUCAGUGAAGACUCUUACCGUCGUCUGCUAGCCCUGCAGUCGCAGCUAGUUAACGCGCUGGAACACCCUUGUAGUUUGAAUCCACGUGGUUACCGGGCUGUUGAGAGUGAUGGUAUGGGUGGACAGCGUGGCAUGAUUGACGGAAAUCUGUUGCUUAGAUGGCUUGAUAUGGGAGCCCAGAGGAAAGCAGAGAUUGCAGGACGCGUUGGUGCAGAUGUCGGUGCGAUUCGGAUAGACCUUGAGAAACUCCAUGGUGGCCUAGCGUAUCUAUAGUCGUUAGAGCGGUGUACUCUAACUGAAUUAUAUAACUAAUGUUUUCCAUUUGUUGUUUUUGAUUCGUCGGGAAUGAAAGUCUAGUUAUCAAAUACCGCAGAAGUGCGACUGUUAUACAUCUUAUGGGGCAAUGGCUUCAUCGUAGCCAAAAGUUCAGAAAUCCAAUAUCUAUAGGAGAAAAACAAUGGGGAAAAGCAGUGGACUGUGCAUGAAGAGGGUAUAAAAGUACAGAACAUGCAAAUAAUAAGUAAAAAGUUGCAUCGCAUCACGAUUCAUUGGGCGUCAACUCUUUGACCUUUUUUUGUAAAUCAGACAAUAUUUCUGCAUAGCUGUCAGCACUUCCAUUUCUUUAUUUUGGUAGGACUAAAAUAUGUGAUGUAAUACUUAGUUUCUCUGCCUGGGUCUCUUCCACCUCGAGUCUUAGCCAGCCAUAAUAAAGGAUCUGAUAGGUGAGAACUGCGCCAAGAAAGACUUUGAAGAAUGGUUUUUUGAAUGACGACAGCGAUAAGGGAGGAGACUGCCGAGGAAAUUAACAAGCUGAUCCAUACAAUAUAUUAGGUGGAUAGCUGCUCUUCAUACCUGCGACGCGCUUGAUGAAUGGGAUGGAGAUAUUGAAAAGAGGCGACGGUGGUCAAGGACAUUUCUUUGAUUAAGACGAGAACAUAUCCUCGAGAUACUCUGCCUCGAGCUUCUCAGCAGAUAUAGCGGGCUCAUAUUUGAGGUCGUCUUGCCGUCCAGUGUUUAUGUU